UCUCUUUUCAAUUGUAUGAGCCUCUUUGUCACUGAAAUUGCUUAUGCCUUCUCCCCAACCCCCUCUCUCUCUUUUGCCUGCAGAUACCCGCAUAAUGCUGCACCUCCAAAUGUUGCGCCUUAUUUGAAUGUUGAGCCUAGUACAGGGGACUACUAUCCUACCAUCUUCUUCAAUGAGUUUUGGUUACUCAAAGAUAAGUUGAUACCAUUGAAUGAGACAGUGACAGAAUUGCCACUAAACCUGGAGGUGGGUCCCAUAAGCAUGACCAAGUGGCAAAUAUUCCUGCAGAUUGACCAAUCUUUCCAGAUUCACCGUAGUUACGGAAGCAUGCUUGAAGGCGAGGCUGAUGAGUUGAAGAGGGUGUUCUUGGAAGGAAAUCCAUACCUCCUGGCAAUCACAAUGGUUGUUUCCAUGCUUCAUUCAGUGUUCGACUUCUUGGCAUUUAAGAAUGACAUCCAAUUUUGGAACAAAAAUAAGUCUAUGGAAGGACUGUCUGCAAAGUCUGUUAUAGUGAGCUUUCUGUGUCAGCUCAUUGUUUUCCUCUAUCUACUUGAUAAUGAUACCUCAUGGAUGAUUCUGGCAAGUUCUGGAAUUGGUUGCUGCAUUGAGUUUUGGAAAAUCGGAAAGGCCAUGCACAUAGAGAUUGAUAGAAGUGGGAGAAUACCCAUGCUAAGGUUCCGGGAUCGUGAGUCCUAUGCAGGGAAUAAGACAAAGGAAUAUGAUGAUAUGGCAAUGAAGUAUUUGUCCUAUGUACUGUUCCUCCUUGUUGCAUGCUCAUCUGUAUACUCGCUCAUGUAUGAGCGCCACAAGAGCUGGUAUUCUUGGAUUCUAUCUUCGCUGACAAGCUGUGUGUACAUGUUUGGUUUCAUAAUGAUGUGCCCUCAAUUGUUCAUAAAUUACAAGCUGCAGUCUGUGGCUCAUCUACCCUGGAGGCAGAUGACAUACAAAUUCCUUAACACCAUCAUUGAUGAUCUCUUUGCCUUUGUCAUAAAAAUGCCAACACUGCAUCGGCUGUCUGUCUUUCGUGAUGAUAUUAUAUUUCUGAUCUAUGUGUACCAGAGGUGGAUAUAUCCAGUGGACAAGAAACGUGUCAAUGAAUUCGGUUUUGGUGGCGAUGAUGAUCAGGUCACUGAUGGUGCAGAGGUGGCUGCCACAAAUGAAGAUGAGAAGAAAACCAACUGAAACGGUUUUCAAACUUUCAAUUGAAACCAUAUUACAGCGCAUAACUGUAAUAUUUAGUUAGGAUAAUAGAUUAUCUUCUUUUUGUUUGUUUGUUUUGUUUUGUUUUACCGUUUUCAUCAGAAUGUUGUUUCAGAAAAAAAGGCUCUUCCGGAUGGGUCUUUUGGGCCCAGGAGGGUGGUUUUGAUAUUUUCGUGUUUGUUCCUUCCUUUUUUAUUAUUAUUUACUCCAUUAAUUAUGCAACGUUUUUUUUGGUAAACAUGCGCCUUUGUAGUAUAUCUUAACCAUCAUUUUCAAACUGUUGUAACUCAAUUAUCACAGUUGAUGUCA